AUGUCCACUACUCCUCCGGGAUUUCCAGACCUCAAACGGCCGAGGGUAAUCCAGAGCAUGGCUGCUGCUUAUCCACCGCCCGCGUCCUCCGCCGAGAAACUUCCCUGCCCUCGCUGCAACUCCACCGCAACCAAGUUCUGCUACUACAACAACUACAACCUCUCCCAGCCACGCCACUUCUGCCGAGACUGCCGUCGCUACUGGACUCAUGGUGGGACCCUCCGCGACGUCCCCGUCGGCGGCGGAACUCGCAAGAAACCCAGGCUCUCUCAUCACCACCGCGCGUCCCCUUCAAACUCCUCCAGCUCGCCUUCCUCUUCCUCCCUCACCCACGAGACAAAACCCGCUUCCGACUCGGCGGUUGAAAAGCCGGAUUUGCCCUCCAACCAAACACAACUGCAACUCCUGAACCUGAACGACAACGCUGGGAGUGAAACAGGGCUUUCGUUUUCGCCCAUGAUGAUGAUGAACUCUCAGGAACAACCUGGGUUUCUGUCCCUCGGUGGGUACGGGUACGUGUACGGUUCGGGUUACGGGUCGGGGUUUGUCCAUGGGUUCCAGCAAGAUUACGGGUACGGCGCCGGAGCAUCAGGGGUUGAUUUUCCGGCUGAGAUUGUCUAUGGUGCUCCUGUGGCUGCUUCUUCUUCCGGGUUCGACAUGAACACGUGGCAGAUGGCGGUUGCUGAUCAUGGAGGUCAGGGUGGUGGGAUGGUUAAUUGGCCGGAGGUUCAGAUUCUCAAUUCCAUGCCAGCUGUCAGUGGUGGUGGUGGUGCUCUCAAGGAAGAAAAGGUGGCUGAUUCCCCAGCUAGCUCUUGUCUUGAUUUCCCUGCAUUCUGA